AUGUAAAGAGUUCACAGCAAUGAAAUCAUUUUCAAAAAAAUGAUUACAUAAUUUGAAACAUUUAAGAAUAAAUGUUCUAAGUACAUUUUAAAAAAAUGUUUUUACUUGAAAGCAACUGAAUAAUUAAAAUAAAUAUAUGAUUAAUAAGUAAAUGAACACAUUAACACAGUUAACUAAAUAAACUAAAAACUAUUAAAUACUGUAGGUUCAUGUAGAAAAGCUCUUCAAAUAAAUGGCACCGUAAAAACUAUUAAAUAUAUUCAUUGUCUUUAAAAUUAUGAUACAAAUAAUAUCAUUUUAAUAAUCCUAAUAAAAUAGUAUUUUCAAUUGUGGAGCUGAUUUGUUUUUUGUACUCUAAGAAUAACAGAACAUAUUUUUAAAUGACCACAAUAAUGUUUAGCAGUGAUGUGGAACCUAAUUUGACGCUAGAUUUGGAAUUGUUCAUGCAUGUUUUCUUGUUAGGAAUAUUUACUGCACGUUUAUGUAUUUUUGACCGCUUUUGAAGCUGGCCACAUGGCCGUGCAUUUCCCAGAAUACCCCGCAGGUGGCGCCAAAUUCUCAGUGAACUCCCACCACCCGGAGGGAUUCAAACGCUACAACAAGGCAUCAUCUUUAUCCACUUCUUCAUCAGAUUCACGGCAGAGCGGUGGACGGCAAAGUUGGACAAAAUAAGACGCGACGAGUGUCACCGGAGAGUUUAAGAUAAGUUUUAAAAGCCUUGCUGUUUUUUAAUUCUCGCCAUUCCGGACCUGCUCGCCGGCGGUCUGGAUGGCUCGCUAACGCGUCAUAUCAUGUUUGAACGUUUUUGGCGCAAGACAACGUCUCAAACCGAGUAAACUGUCGAAUGAUAAGACGAUGGAAGCAGCGCGUGGAAAAGCAACUUUUAACGUUGUCCACAGUUAAAUGAAGCGUAGGGUUAAGUUGCUAAAUCAGGGUUUACAAAAAGACGUCGUCUUCUGGCUGCGAUUUGAACUGAAAGUAGUCGUCUCGUGCCAUUUUAGCCGAACAGCUUACCUCAAAGAACUUACUUUUCAUUUUGGUUGAAAGUAGAAACCCCGUGCUAGCUUCAAGGUAAUGCUACAUUUCCUCACGUAGGAUGUCAAAAGUCAGGGCUGACAAGAGUUGCUAAAGGUCAGGGUGAAUUAGAGAGGUCAAAGGUUAGGUUUAGCUGGUUUUAAUCUAUUGAUUUAACAGGGCAGAUGUACAGCGCCUAUAAUUAUGCAUCUGCUAUUAAUGCAUACUUCUGAUGUGGAGAUUUGAACGGGGCUAGCAUGUUAAGCGGGACUUGAGGGGCUCCAGCGCUGCCAGCAGGGAUGAAAAGCACGAUGGUGGCCUGUGCCUGAACCUGGUGCACCUUGCGUCCCAGGAUGAGCCAGGGCCCAAACCUGGUGCUGGAGUGGCUCUCCAAGCUCCACCUGGCUCAGUACGUGGAGGCUUUUCUGGACAACGGCUACGACGACUUGGAAGUCUGCAAGCGGAUCGGAGAGCCCGACCUGGACGCCAUCGGGGUCCGCGUCCGGUACCACAGAAACCGGCUCCUGUCCGCCGUGCGGCAGCUGAAGGACGGGGACAAGAGGAAAGCGCCGGACAUCUACUUCGCCCUGGAGCCUCCGCACGCCCCGUCUCCAGGGGCGGACCUCGAGAUCUUCGGGUUGGGAGGGAGAGGAACACGCCUGCCGUCCUGUCCCGGAAACCACGACCCGGGAGUCAUGGACUGUAAAGACUUUGUGAGCUAUCCCAAACUGAAGCUGAAGGUCCUGAUCAGGGAUAAGCUGGCGAAGGAUGGAAUCGACCUCGGAGGAGCGCCUUCUCCGUCAUGUGCCUUUGGGGAACGUCCCACACUCUGAAGGGCGUUUAGGGGAUACCUGAGAGCCCUUUCUCAUAUCGAUCACAAACUACAUCAUGAGGUUGCCUACUGCCACAGAGGUGAGGUGGGAGCCGUGUCCCAAUACUUUCUUCUUUUUUCUUUGUUGUGGUAAAGGCAUCAGAGGUCAAAGUAAAGGUCAUUUCAUCCACCAAGCGGUAACGGCUGUGAUCGUUUGACCACAAAUUCACAUUGGAAGCACGCUCUUAUUCUGUUAACUCUGUGGUCCGAUCAGAAAAAGCAUUCUUCAACUAUCUGCACAAAAAAAUGGUUUGCAACGCAUAUCCCUCAAGCCUGGCUAACUUUCUGGCAGCCACUUCCUGGUGGCUUGGCUGAUAUCUUGGCUAACUUCCUGGUAGCUACUUUCCGGUAGCCUGGCUUACUUCCAUUAUGUUCUCUGAACUUGCAGCAGUUCUCUCAUGCCGUGUGUGCGUGUGUUUUGGUAUUUGCAGCAUUUUCUUUUGCAUUGUUUUUGAUCCCGCAGCGUUUACGUGAUUGCAGCAUUUUCACUGUGGUGUGUUGUGUUUGUGUCUUUUUGGUUUGGAUGCUUUCUUUCGGUGUCGGGACGUUGUAGGGCCACCACUGUCUUCCACGGUCAGCGGUGAUGAUCGUGGAAGAAAGGCUGCAAUGAGCCAAGAUGGAUGAGACGGUGGCGAUGUGGAGUCGGAAGGUGGCAGGCAUGCAGGCCGCCAUCACGCAUGAACUCAGCAGCUUCAGGCAGCACAAAGUCCACCUCGUCCUCCUCUGCUACUGUUAUUCAAAUGCCUGCUGCCACCACCAAUAGAUUUCAGCCCUGUGGUAGACGAGUGUUUGGGUCUCUGCUUCUGCAUUUUACGGUGAAAUCCAUCUUCAACCUUGUCCCGUGUGACUUCCUCACGCACGGUUGCUCCUCACAGGCCUGCAGGAUCUUCCUUGUCGCUCACGUAGCAAAAGCAACACGCUGCUUGCGUCGGCCUGAGCAGGAAGCUAACGUUGCUUCCACCAUUAUGGACGUCCCGUACAAGAGCAGGACUUCAACUCUGCGCUACUGGAAGGACUUUCUUUUUCUUUUUCUUGUCAAAUUGCUUUUUUUUCUCACUACAAUGCAACUUCUUUCUCUGAAUAUUUUCACUUUAUUCUCGUAAAAUUACAACUGUUUUUUUCACUGACCAACUUUCAGCUUUUUUCUUGUAAAUGUUCUUCUCCUAAUUAGGACUUCAUUCCCAUAAUAUCUUGACUUUAUUCUCAUGACAUCUCAUAACGUUUUGCUUAUUUUGCUUGUUUUUCUUAAUAUUGCCUUUUUAACAAAUAAUAAGAAUUAUUGUUAUUAUUAUGUCUUUUUUUCUUUCAUAUUUGAACUUCUUUUGACUAAAAUGAUGUUAUUUUGUCCGUAAUAUUAAGACAUUUUGAUAAAAUGCCAACUUUAUAUAACGUUUUUCUCUUCAUAUUUUGACUUUAUUCUUGGAAAAUGAUUUUUCUCACUUUAGUGUUGUUUGUUUGUUUUUCAUUUUCUUGUUAAAUUACAUUUGUAGGAUGUGCCACAGGCAGCAAAUGACACCCAGGCUGCACUUUGGACACCCCUGGUGUUAAGAAGUGUCUCCUCUAAUAGUAGUGUGUGUACGAUUUCAAAAGCUUAGAGCCAGCUAGUCAUUGAGUAGCAUGAGAAGGUGUCUCCAAACUUUUGUCUGGUACCGUGUAUUACCGUAAAUGCUGAGGAAGUGUAACCUCUAACAGUGUGUUUACUACUUCAAAGGUUUAGGGACACCUAGUCAUUGAGUAGCAUGAGAAGGUGUCUCCAAACUUUUGACUGAUGUGGUAUUUUUGGCCAUGUGUUUCCAUGACUACAAAGCAGCCAAUUGGUCCUGUCAUUGAGAAGCUUGCUUUUGUUAGCAGUCCGCUCCAUGUAAACGCAUGAAAACCCCUGCGGACCACACCCCCCCAGUCCUGUGACAAAGGAGGGCAGGCCAAGCAAAACCAGCUGGGGUUCCAAUCCCGGUCCAAAUGUCUGAAUGGCGCCUGGUGAAGUAAGAAGCAGCGCGAGCGGCUGACAGCUGAAGGCCAUUCAGACCCGACUCCACUGGCUGGACCAGCGAGAAGCCUUCAAUGAAGACGUUUGGAAGUGAAAGGCUCGUUUUGGCACCGUCUUACCUCAGCACCUCCACCGGGGGGGCUGUCAAGACAGAAGGUAGAAUAGAAAUCCUCUGUUCCAGGGUCAAACUGUGUUAUUCAUCUUUUUAAGUUGAAACUAACGUUGGACAAAGCAGCAUUUCAACAGUCGCAAGCGUAAAAAUAAGUGAGUACGGCACAAGCCCUUUAAGAGCUCUGAAGCGUUGGAAUUGGCGAGAGGCGCCUGUACGCGGGAUCAGACGUGUCAUUUCUCAUGGUUUCCAUUUUUACUACAAAUGCGUCGUGUCUUUUUGUGUAGCGUUGCCAUUUUGGACUCAUUUAACACCCGGAAGACACCUUCUGUGCUGUUUUUACUUCAAGUCCUCUCACAUUUUCGUAUUAAAACAUUUUAGAAAGAAAGAAACAAUUGUGUGUAGAGCUGCGAGGGAGCUUUCUUACUUGCUUUCUUUUUCUCUUUCUUUUUUUUCCUUUGUUUCUUUCUUUCUUUUUCUCUUUCUUUUUUCUUUCUUUUCUUUUUUUGCUUGCUUGCUUGCUUUCUUCCUUCCUUCCUUAUCAUCAUAUCUUCUUAUGUUGAUGACUUUUUUUCUCGUUAGAAUGCAAAUUUUUUUUCUCCUUUAUUCUCGUAAAGUUUCAGCUGUUUUUUUUUCCAGAGAAUUCUUCUGGGAAAUGUUCUUCUGGGAAUUUGGACUUUAUUCCUGUGAUAUUGUAACUUUAGUUGUGUUUUAUGAUAUGAUGUUUUGCUGCUAAAACAAUGUGAUCUUAUUCCGUCCUGAUUACUGAUGAUUUUUCCGUUUUAGCUCUUGUUUGUUUUGUUUUGUGAAAUGCUAUUUUUAGAACGUGCUGUAAGUCAUUGAGCGUUUGUUUGAGGGUGUCAGUAUUCCGUGCAUGCUAGCAUAACGUCCCAAAGCAUCAUCAACACAACCUGCAGGGGGCGCCACAUGCAGGAUAUACUUUACAGUCAUGGGAUUUGCUCAUUGUUUAUAUAUAUAUAUAUACAUACAUAUACACUAGGUCCCCAACUUACGAACAUCCGACUUGUGAACAUUCGCGGAUACGAACGCAAGCUGACUGGUCUAUAUUUUAUUUUUUUUUUUGCCUUGUAGUAGUCCCAUCAGUAUUUAUACUGCUACUGUACAUGCUUGACCAGUAGAGGGCACUGUGACACUGCUAAUGGGGCCAACAGGUAGAGGAAGAAGGUGGGGAAAGAGUGUAAAGGAGAAAUAGAAAGCUACAUUGUUAGUUUUAUGAUACAACCCGGACAGAGCGUGUGAUUAAGGUUUAUGAAGAGUUAAUAGGCCUGCUUAAUUCUACAACCCCCCAGAACACUACCUCUUUUAGAAGUCUAACCACCACCAUUUGUCCUUUUUUUCAAUAACUCCUCCUCCUCCUCCACCACAACGACGUAUGCUGGACCACUCCUCUUCAAAGGUAAAUAACAUUUAUCAUUACGUAUUAUUAUAUCAUUUUUAUUGUUGUUUUUUCAUUAAUUAUCCUGGUUUAAUAUUACUACUAUAUCCAAACUCAUAUUUACAUACAUACACAUAUACUGUAUAUGUAUACACGUACAUGUAGUACCUAUAUCAUUGGUAAUAUUACCUUUUACCCUACUUAAGAACAAUUCAACUUAAGAACGGUUGUCUGGAACCAAUUGUGUUUGUUAGUUGGGGACUUAGUGUACAGUAUAUACACACACAUAUAUAUAUAUAUAUAU